AUUGAUUGAUUGAAAGAGAAAAUAGAAAAAACAAAAAACACGGGGAGAAGGGGGGAGAUGACGAACAACAAAUGGAGGGGGUGGGGGGCGGCGAUGGAGGAGGGGGAUGGUGCAGCGAUGGAGGAGGAGGAGGAGGAGGAGAAAGAAAAAGAAGAGCAGGAGGAAGAGGAGGAGGAGGAGGAGGAAUAAGGAGGAGAAGAAGAGGAGGAGGAGGAGGAGGAGGAGGAAUAAGGAGGAGAAGAAGAGGAGGAGGAGGAGGAGGAGGAGGAGGAAGUGCAGCAGCAGCAGGAGGAAGGGGGGGGAGAAGCAAGAAGAAGAAUAAGACGAGGAGCAGGAGGAUGAGAACGGGAAAGGAGACUCUGCUGGCGGAGGCGGGCAAUGAUGCGUGUUGGGUUGCAACCCCAAACUCCGUCAACAGGGUGGGGCCCAAGUCGCACGCGGGGGAGGGCGGUUCCCCCCAGUUCGAUUUGAAAUUCAAAAUGGUCCAUUCUGCUGUCGAUCUCGAAG